CGACUUCACUUCAGAUCUUUUAGUAAGGCAACGAGCGCGGACCGGAAUACAACUCCCAGCGCCGGGAAACUCGAGGAAAAGUCUCAGAAAUCGAGGCAAGAACACAACUCGCAAAUCUAUACACAUCUCCCUUCUGGCUUUUCUUUUUAAAAAUAACUUCGGCCUUAGCGGAAAGUAUCUUUAGAUACUCACUACUUGGCUACUAGUCACUCGAUUUUCCACACGCUCCUCGGCUGAUUGUAGUCCACACGGAUUCGGGAGAAAAAUUCCAUCCUGCAACCAACUGGUUCCCGUCUAAUCCAUCUUCAAACAAAUUAGUUUUUCUGGUGAAUCAUUGGCAGUUUUUCCGAAAAUAUCUUGAGUAUAACAAGUUGACGUCGAAGAUACAAAAUCAAGUGAAAAGAACUUUUAACGGUUACCAGAUUGUGUUCUAGUGAAUUUUCAUUAUCGGUGGGCAUUGUCCGGAAAUCGAGUGAAGGGAGAAGUGGAAAAUAAAGAGCAGAGAAAGCUGAAAAGCGCUAGGAAAGUGAUAAGCAACAACGGCAUAUUGUGAAAGAAUGAUAAAGUGCUGAUAGCGAAUUUUAUAUUGUUAUUAACUUGCUGCUGCCAAGUUUCUGUGAAUUUAGUUUGUUUGUUCCGGUUCAGUCGCAGAUUCAAGAGGAAAGUUCCUUUGUGCAUAAUUCACCAGAUUUUGUACGUUUGUUACAAAUUCGAUCGAAUCGUCCUCAGUCGCCAAAGUAUCUAUUUAUAAAUUAGAAGAAAAAGUCAUUCAGAUUUCGCGAUGAGUAUGAAAAAGAACGGAGCUGCAUCCGCGGUGCAGUAUGAGUUUCCUGACAAACGCAAGGAAACCUUCAAGGAGAUGAUUUACAAUCAGGAGACAGGGUCGAUUUUGGGACGUACAGGAGCAGAAUGGGGAAAGCUACUUAUAUUCUACACAAUAUUCUACGCUAUUCUUGCCAUUAUGUUCGCGAUAUGUAUGCAAGGAUUAUUAGCAAGUAUAUCUGAUGAUCGUCCUACCUACGUGCUAGAACGAUCCUUGAUUGGCACUAAUCCUGGCCUAGGUUACCGUCCUCUUGCCAAUUUAACAGAACUCGGCUCUGUGGUGCAUUAUAAUUCGAAAAAACCAGACGAAAUCAAAUUUUGGACAGACCAUUUAGAUGAAUUUUUAACAACUUACAGUAACAAAAGUGGUGGAUCUAAUGAAAAAAUCUGUGAUUUUGACACAAAACUGAACCGAGGUGAUGUCUGUGCAGUAACUCUGGAGAACUUCGGUCCAUGCAAUAGGAACCAGUCAUACGGCUACGAUAGAUCCAAACCAUGCUUCUUCCUUAAAUUGAACAAGAUCAUGGAAUGGGUGCCGGAAUACUACGAGGAUGUCAACGAUUUACCAGAAGACAUGCCUGAGGACCUGAAAACCUACGUCAAAAGCAUUCCAGCAAAAGAGCGUAAACAAAUCUGGGUAUCAUGCCAAGGACAUCAUCCAAGUGAUAUGGAAAUUAUCGGUCCCGUUUCCUACUAUCCUGGACGUGGUUUCGCUGGAUACUACUACCCCUAUACCAAUCAACCAGGAUACCUCAGCCCUAUUGUUGCCGUCCAGCUGGAGAGACCGACUCUGAAUCAAAUGGUUCACAUCGAAUGCCGUGCCUGGGCCAAGAACAUCAUCUACGAUGGAAGCUUGCGAGACCGUCAGGGUUCUGUACUUUUCGAAGUUCUGAUCGAUUAGUCCAGGCCUUUAAUCCCGCACUACAUUCAUACAAUAAGAUAGGGUUUAAUUUAAGUUUUAUUCUAGUUUCGUUAUUUUAGUUUUCUCAGAGCACUUUUUUUGAUGAAGGAACAGUUCUCCAAUGAAAUUAGAUAUCUAAAACUACGAAUACGACAGUGAACAGUAAACGAAACUACAGUGCAAAUGAAAUCCAACAAUUUUUUUUUGUUCUUCCGUUUUUAAAGAUAUUAUCAAGUUUUAUAGCGUAAAAUGUAUUUUGAGAGGGGUCAAGCCCAAUUUUAUUUAUACAAAACACCCAAAAGUGCCAGUUUUCAGCGAAUACCACGGCGGACAUGAGGUCCUGCGUUAGUUACAUCAAUGAAGUAUUGCAUAAACAUCGACUCUAAUAUAAAAUAUUCCGUGAUUGAGUCGGCAAAGUAUCUAUCGAUUAGGAGUAAAGCCAAGACCAUUUUUAGUAGGAAAGGAAACCAUCUUCACACCAUUGCAAGCAACUCAUUCUAGAAAUUGCCAAACAUUGCAAUUAGCUCUAAAAUUCUGUAGACUAUCGUGUUUAGUUUAAAUUUAAAGAUAGAAUAAUAGUUUCCAGCCCGGAGUCGAUCUUCCCGAGAGGGGAGGAGAGGGGGAGGGGCUCCAAUAAAUCCAUCUGGCUGGACUAUCUUCAACAAAGGUAGACCUUCUUUUUUGAGUGUAAAUUAAUGUACAAUUCGACCAGCAGUAGCUUUGUUUUAGUCUUUAAUUUAUUUUCGUGUAAAUAAAGAUACGCAACUAUCAUUUCUCCCGUUAGAUAUUUAAGGAUAAUUACGGUCAAUAUUAACAAAUUAGUCAUAUUAUCGCAAUUCAGUGUUAAUAGUGAAUAGGAAAUGUUAGUUGAAUCGAAAGGAACGUUUUUCACGAAGGAAAAUUGUAAAUUGUUUUGAAUUUAUAUGAAAAGAUACAAAAAAAAAACUAAACCAAAUGGUUGACUGGUUUUAAGCUUUUUGAACGUUUUGUUAGUAAAUUAAAUUUGUACUAAAAAUGAGAAAAUUUAGAUCUGAUGACAUACAAGAUUGGAUACACUUUAGCAUAAAAUCAAAAAUGUGUUCAUCCUUUAGGCGAAACAAAAAAUUAGAGGAAACAAACAAAACCCAAAAAAAAAAACAAAAGAUAUUUUUUAUGAACGAUACGAUGGAGACGAAAUUUUAGAACAAAACAAAGAAUAAUUGUGUGUCUUCUGGAUAAAAUUAUAGAAUAUAAAAUAUAUUAGAGAAAAAUGUAGAUUUUCCAUAGCACAUUGUGGUUUAUAACGUAGAAAACAAGCAAAAUGAAUUCAAAAUUCAAGCGAAAUAAUGAUAAAUUAUUAUAAUGAUUACUUUGCAGUGCAACAGUAUUUUUAUUGCCUUUUAAGAUUUGAAGAUGAAUAAAAUUUAAUGAUAGAUU